GCGCCCGGGUGAGGCGGCGGCCUCGAGGUUGUCCUGCUGUGCUCCGCAGUGCUCCAACGCCGCGGGGCGGCUCCGGGCGCCGCCUCAGCUUCUACAGGAGAGACGUUGUGGGUGAGACAGAGGGAACAUCAAAUGAGUAGCAGGACCAGUUUUUCUAAAAAGCUCAACUGAUCAAAGAGAAGGAAGGAAGCAAUUUGCUGGGCUCCCAGGACACCAACGCAGAGCUACCUUCGAGCCGGCACUGUGUGACUGCAUGGAGACUGUCUGUGCCAGUGGGCCAGACCUAAAGAAGGAACUACCAGAUGAUGCUGAGGAUUCCUGCAUUCAUCGACAGAAGCAGUUUAGUGAGACAAAGGAACCGUAAGGCAGGAUAUGCAGUAACUGCUACUGAGCAGGUAAUCAGAGUACAACCGUUACCUGUAGGGACUUCCACUAAGAGGUCUAAAAUAGCCUUAAACGUAUGGACAGAUGCUAAAUAUGCAUUUGGGGUGGCACACACUUAUGGUACCAUCUGGAAAGAGCAAGGAGUGCUCACACACAGGGAAAACAAAUUCAGCACGGUGUAUAUCUACCAAAGAGCGUGGCUGUUAUACACUGUGAUGGACAUCAGAAAGGUGACACUGUCCAGGAAACUGGAAAUAUGAUAGGGAUCAGGUGGCAAAACAGGCAGUUGAAGGAAAAGAAAUAGCAGAACUGGCUUUAAUUCCAGAUGGUAAACUUCAAAUCUCUGAACCUGAGUCAGCCUGUGGAACAUUUUAGAGGGGACGGGAAUCUAAUUCAUGAUUUAGAAGGGAAGAGAGCUAGCUGACAGAUGGGUGCGUACCCAGAUGGACGCGCUGUUGUGCCCUUUAGUACUUUAUGGAAGUUGGUUCUAAGGGAACAUAUUGAAACAUACUGAGGGGACAAACAGUAGAAAGUAAUUGCGCAAUCUAGUACCAGGAACAGGGUACAAGUGGGGCCUAUUAGGAAAGGGAACCUUCCAGGGCAACAAUGGCAAAUUGUUUUUUGUUUGGAACUACCAGGAAACAAGGAGGGUUUUGUUAUAUGCUAGUUCAAACCAAUACCUUUCCAGGGUGGCCAGAAGCAUUCCCUCUGCAAAGCCCUUGCUCCUGACCCUCGUCCCUGCCCCCACCUGCCCUCACAGUACAGCCACCUUCUCUUGAGCAGGGUAAAGAGCAGUGAGAAUUCAUACUUGGUUAUCCUGGCACAAAGAGUUUGUGGGCCACAAAGAGAAAUCCCUGCAUUCCAGAAAACAGAGACAAAAAGAGACAGUCGGAGGAGUGCCUAAUAAAGAUGUGACGAUGUUCUCAGCUGCGGCUGCUGUUGCUGGAUACAAGCAACCACACGAGGGUGGCUGAGCACGCUCUCCUGUCUCUAUCCCAAUCCAAGAAACACACAGAAGAGCUCAGUGCUCUCUUGCUUUCAUUUCCUUCCAUGAGCCAUUUUAAAAUGCACGUUGUUCUAGGCCAGCACAAGCUCUAGGGCCUAAAGCCACAGCCUGAGUGGCCAACGCAGCACCAGGGCCUAAAGCCACAAGAAGAGAGGCUGGCACCCACCCCAGCGCAUAAAGCCUCAGCCAGGGAGGCAUCCACUGGCCAUGGGGCUUAAAGCCACAGCCAGAGAGGCCUGCAGUGGCCCUGAAGCCAAAAGACCCAGGCCGAGAGUCCUAUACCAGCCCAGGGCCUGAAGCCAUAGGCAGACAAGCCAGCACUGACCCAGGAGCCUAAAACCCCACCCUGAGCCUGAGAGGCCAGCACCAGCCCAAGGCCUAAAGCCAAAGCCACAGGCAGAGAGGCUGGCACCAGCACCAAGGCCUAAAGCCACAGCCACAGAGGCCACGAGCAGUCUUUGGGCCAAAAGCCACAUCCUGAGAGGCCUACACCGGCCCAGGGCAUAAAGCCAUAGGCAGACAGGCUAGCAUUGGCCCGGAGGCCUAAAGCCGCAGCACCAGCACGAGAGGCCUGCACCAGUCCUAGGCUGAAAGCCACAACCACAGGCAGGGAAGCUGGCAUCUGCCCUGAGGCUUAAAGCCACAGCGACAGGCAGAGAGGCUGGCACCAGCAGCAAGGCCUAAAGCCACAGCCAGAGAGGCCAGCACCAGCCCUGGGGCAUAAAAACACAGCCAGACAGACUGGCACCAGCCCUAGGGCAUAAAGCCACAACCCGAGUGGCUGGCUGUGGCCCUGGGCCUUAAAGCCUCAGCCACAGCCCGAGAGGCCAGCACCAGCCCAAGGGCCUGAAGCCACAUCCAAAGCUAGACAGGCUGGCACCAGCUGUGGGGACUAAAGCCACAGCUUGAAAGGCUGGAACCAGUCCAGGGGCUUCAAGGCACAGCCAGAACUCCAGAGGCCAGCACUGGCCACGUGGCCUGAAGCCACAGCCCCAGCCCAAGAGGCCUGCAGUGUCCCCGGGGCCUAAAGCCCCAGCAACAGCCAGAAAGGCCAACAGCCGCCCUGCACCUAAAGCCACAUCCACAGCAAGAAAGACCGGCACCAGCCCCAGGACAUAAAGCCACAGCCACAUCCAGUGAGGCCGGCACCGGCCCCAGGGCCUAGAGCCCUGAAUGUCAGUGGGUGCCAUUUGUUCUGCACAAAGGAGUUCAGUUCCACUCCUUUGCUUCAUCCGCACUUCCGUGUCAGACGGCAGUUGGUCAGAGUGCCCCUCUGCUGCCAUCAUGGAAUGCCAUCACUGCAUGGCAACAACACGGAACGGAGCAUUGGUGGGAAGGUUCAGCCUCCCUGAAACACAGGCUCCGUGUAAAAUAACUGCAAUUGAGCAUUUCAUAGGCGGGUGUGCAUUUUUCUCUUCCAAACUGUAUUGUGAGUCAAAUUGAGUCCCAUGGCCAAGCUGCUCUUCAGGGUAUCACGCUUCCUUUGAAACAUCUCCUGCUCUUAGAAAAAGUAGAAGCUCCCUUCAGAAGGAAAGCAGAGAAUAGACGUCUGCUGCCGAGCUCCCUGGAAAUGUUGCUUCUCUCUCCCACCCUCUUGAGGCGUUCAGCUGACCAUCUCUAAGAGGGCAUGGGUGUUCCAGGGGUGUCUUCUGCCUGAAAAGCAUCUGGCCAAACUCAGGGCUAACAUGGAACCCAAGGCCAAGCACCAGCCCUGGGCCGAGUCAAGGCAGCGAAACCCGCCCCGUGGUCUUCAUGGAGCUCAAAGGCCAGCCUGCCCUCGGUGCCCAAAGGGAGUAAGUGAGCGCUGCAGCCACCAAGCUCCCGAUCAGCCAAAUGACUGAAGUUUAGGAACGAGGGGCCCAGGACCACCACCUCUGGUGUGGUGCUGCUGGCACAUAAGGGGUCCAGGUGUGGGGAGUGCCAACCAGCAAGGGGCAGAGCUGGGCUCGUGCCGUGUCAGGGCGGGCAGCAGGCUGCUGUGCCAGCGCUUGUCAUAAUGGGCAACUGACAGCAUUGGCCACUUGCCGCUGUGUCGUCGUGGCGACGUCUAUGACAGGGCCAGCCAGGAGGGGUCUGAAGGCGGUCCCCAGUGGUGGCCCCUGCAUCCUGAAGGAGCAUCGGGCAGAGAGCAGAUGCAUCUGGAAGGGAUGAGCUCCCACGUGGCUGUUGCCAAUGCGGGGCGUCCUGCUGCGGUGAAGCGGGCCAAGAUCCAAUUCUGGGAGGAUGGCCCCGCGACACAGCGUGACUACAGAAUGCCAGAGGUCACCGCCAAAGAGCGAGUUGCCGUCUGGGAUGCGGUGGCCGUCUACGUCCAGGAGCAGCUCCUGCUACGCAAGGGGGUCCGAAUUCCCACCUUCGGUUCCUUCAGCAUCGUCUCCGAACGGAUUGAGGCUGAGGAUGGAGCCAUGACUCUGCAGUGGCCUGCGUUUUGCCUGGCCAGGAACCUUGCGGGCAUCCACAACCUGAUGGAGAGCUACCCACCAGGCCAUAAGGAGGUGCAGCCCCUCAAGUACACUGAGGUGGCCGCGGCCGCAUCUGUGACCUGGCAGACUGGGAAGGCCUGCAUAUUUGGCACCACGUCCCUCGUUUCCCACUGCCUGAGGAAGGGGGAGAACAUUGCCUUUGUCCUGAAGGACAUAGGAGUGCUCCUCAUCGAGGGAACGAGAGUUCAGAUGAAGUUCUACUACGACUUCCUCGAGAGGAUCAGCGGGAAAGAGAACCUAGAGAAAGUUGUUUUCAAGGUGCCCCGGCUGCAGGACAUGGUGGUGUCCCGGGUGGCAGCUGUAGCCUCCCUGACGUCCUGUGGCCGAGUCAUCGUCUUUCCCAGGUUUCGACGGGAGUUUGUACCCAAACCACCACCCAGGACAGCCCGCAAGGCCUGCCAUGUCCCAUUGCCACCUCUUGACCAGGGCAAGAAAGAGGAACUUCCUGAAUUGCCACCCCUCCCCAGCUGGAUCCGCGUUACCUUUGUAGUGAAAAAACAGCCUGAGAAGGAAACAAGCGAUGUCAAGAAGAAGGCCAGUCAGCUGCCAGCGGUCCCGGGGGCGUCUUCUGCCAAAAAGCAGCCUCAGAAAAAAAAGAAGGGAAAAUGCUCUACCAAAAGCAAGGCGGCAGAGAUGGCUCCAGCAGAGGCAGCGCAACCUCCAAGUGGCAAAGAAGAAGAGCACGGCGCGGUGAAAGCCCCCGCUGGAGGAGGAGUGCCGCAAAAGGCACAGGCCAAGCUCAGAAAGCACCGUGGAGCCCCAGCCCUGCAACAAACACCACUGGCAGCCCUAUGGUCCUCGAGCUCUGAGACCAGCCUGCCCGAGGAGCGCACCUACAGCGCCUCUGCUGCGGUGCCACUGAUGCACAGGAGGACCAGAUCUCUGCAGAGUCAGCCACCAAAGACCAAAGCGGGGCUCCCCAGGCGGGGGAUGUCCUGUCCACGCUGACCAGGGCAUGGGGUGCCCAGGAGAAGCAGAGCUCCACCUGAGGCUGCCAAACAGGUGUGCGAUUCCUCUCUGUGCCAUUCCUGGGGGCCUGUCUGCACCCUUCUUUGGUUUUGGCUCCAAGUUUGCUUUUGGAGGCACUUCUUGCCAUAAGACUCUGACUUAGCUAGGAGAUGACAGGUGGGUGUGGCAAUCAGCAUCACUUGGUGGACAAUUUUACAUUUGAAAGCAUUUCUUUGCAGCUGUUUGCCUUUGGCAGAGAGUGCUGAGGAGUGUUUACUUGAGGAAGGUGUGGGCUGUGACCAAAAACUCCAGCUUGGUAUAGGAGAACUGAGGGAACAACGCCAUCGUAUCCUGCAAAAACCAGGAUGCAGGUGGGCACCUCCCUGCUCCCUCCUAUCUGCUGGCAAGGCGCGGGAGAUGGGGACAAAGGAGUUUCUGCUGAGACCCCAAAGCCACAAGCCGCCACUCCAAAGAGAGCUGACCGUUGUCGUCAACUGAACAACGACCCCUGAUGACCCAUCACUACUGUAGAUCGACGUCUGAGCUACGAACCACACUGGACCUGUGGUGGUGACUGUCUCUCUCUUGCUUCCUACAAAGACUGCUUGCUUUUAUUUGCUGUCUUUUCUAUCGCCCGUCUUCCCCAUCUCCUUAAACAACUUGGGUUUGUAAUAAACUGGACGGGCUGACAUUUAA